GGGCGAUAUCAGUCGAACCAACGACCCAGCUUCAGGACCUAGCUGCACCCGAAAAACCGUCCCUUAGGAAGGGAUCCACACCAUCGCCCGAAGGAAGGCGCAACCGGAAGGGGCGGGGCUCCCCCGGACGCGGAGCUUCUGCUAGCAUGGCUUCUCGUGGGGUCAUUGGGGUUUUCCUCCUCUCUGCUCUCCCCCUCUUGUGUCUGGAGCUCCGGCGUGGGAUCCCCGAUCUAGGCAUUAAAGAUCUAAUUUUGCUGUGUGGUCGGAUUUUCUUACUGCUUGCUCUUCUUACUUUAAUUAUUUCUGUGACUACCUCAUGGCUUAAUUCAUUUAAAUCGUCCCAAGUGUAUCUGAAAGAAGAAGAAGAGAAGAAUGAGGAAAAACAAAAACUUGUCAGAAAAAAACAACAAGAGGCGCAGGGUGAAAAGGCCAGCAGAUACAUAGAGAAUGUUCUAAAACCUCACCAGGAAAUGAAGCUGAGAAAACUGGAAGAACGCUUUUAUCAGAUGACGGGUGAAACCUGGAAGUUGAGCAAUGGCCAUAAGCUUGGGGGUGACGAAGAUUUGGUGCUGGAAAAUGAGGCUUUUAAAACAUCAAACAGAGAAGCAGCAAAGAGACGAAACUUGCCUAAGCUGUUAACCAAAAUCUCACCAUCUGCUGAGCAGCCCACGCGGAAUGAGGUUCUUGAUCUACCUGAAGAACCUCCUGAAACAGGUGAAGAAGUAGUUACUGUUGCCCUCCGAUGUCCAAGUGGGAGUGUCCUGAGAAGAAGAUUUUUUAAGUCUUGCAGUUCACAGGUCUUAUUUGACUGGAUGAUGAAAAUUGGGUACCACACAUCCCAAUACAGCCUGUCUACUUCCUUUCCCAGAUGCCCUCUGGAAGUGGGGGGAGGCUGGUCCCUGCAGGACAUAGGAAUAACUGUGGAUACUGUACUCAAUGUGGAAGAGAACGAGCAGACAACUAAUGAAGAAAGGAGAACUACCUGUUCUCCAUAAAAUCAGCGAUGCCAUGGCCUUACAGGACAAUAAAGGAUUCACAUUAAAAUUAUGCCAUCCCUUCAUUGAGCUCAAGGAGGGAAACACUUAAAUGUUGAUGUCCUUGGGAACAUGUGGACAUAAAGGAUUAGAAAAGGAUUACUCUCUGCAUAUAAUAGUUUUUGGAAUGUGCCAUCUUAUAAUGUACCAAAUGAAGACUAGAUAAAAAUGUCUACAGUAAGAUAGUCAAUGAUCUGUAUUUUUCCUAGCUGACAUCAUUUAUCACUAUGUUGAAAAACAAAGUCAUACGAGUCUGUUUUCUGCCUCUACAGUCCACCUUGCCACUCUGACUAUCUCACAAUUCAGACUCUCUAAAGUCUAUUAAGUAGGAGUGUGUGUGUGUGUGUGUGUGUGUGUUUGAAUGACAAUAUAUUUAUAUAUAUUGUUAUUUCAUCUUCCUGCAGUGUUAUAUUCAUGUUUUAGUAAUACCAAGUUCAACUCACAAGUGUGGUAUAAAAAGAUCUUUGUUAUGGUCACUCCCUUUUUCUUUUCCUAUGUGUGUUGAGUCAAUUGACUCCUGUGUGUAUCGGCCUCUCUUUAAUGCUCCUUUUACCUCUUGUGUAGAAUUUAUUACACUGUAUUAUUGCUGUGUUUUUGUUUCCCCAAAUACAUAAUUCCUUAAAAGCAAGGAUUGUAUCUUU